AUGUCUGAUAUAAUUAUAUUCGAUUAUUGUCACUUUCAAAUUUGUUUGGAUUGUAAAGUUAUUAAAAUUUCUCUCCCUCUUGCUCGUUAUCUUAAAUCUUUUUUCAAUAACAACUAUUCUACUAUCGGUUCUUUUGUUAAAGACCUUGUUCAUUCUUGUGGUUAUAAUCCUCAUAUUUUUUCAUGGAUGAUUUACUCUAAUUGUUUUCUUAAUGAAUUUUCCUUUUUGGAUAUUUUUGAAUAUUAUGAAGAUAUGCCUCUUAAAAAUUUUUUAUGCAAGUAUAUUAUUAAAAUUAAAAUAUUUCAAAAUUUAAUAAUACCUCCUCUUACGAUUCAUGAAAAUUUUGAUAAGAAAGAAGACUGA